AUGACUACUACUUAUGAGGUUCAAGCAUCGCGCGAUGCGGAUUUGAUCGCCCUGGAGGCCUUGUCUCAUGGCCAGUCGCCCACAGGUUUAUCUUUAGAAGCGCCCGAAACUUCUCCAUCGAUAGAACGGUGGAACCAGCCUCGCAUCAAUAUUUAUAGGACCUUUGCCACGUUCUGGUCUUUCCUGGUAAUGGGUGCGAAUGAUGCGGCCUAUGGGGCUUUGAUUCCAUAUCUAGAAUCAUAUUAUGACCUAUCAUACACGAUUGUCUCUCUCGUGUUUUUGUCACCUUUAGUAGGUUAUACAGCUGCUGCUUUCCUGAAUCACCGUAUCCACUAUACGUUCGGUCAGCGUGGCGUGGCCAUCAUUGGCCCAACGUGCCAUCUGAUUGCCUAUAUCAUCAACUGCAUUCAUCCGCCAUAUCCCGCACUAGUGGUCUCAUUCAUCUUCGCAGGUUUAGGAAAUGGUCUAGAAGAUGCUGCAUGGAAUGCAUGGAUUGGUAAUAUGGCCAAUGCCAAUGAGCUGUUGGGAGUGCUGCAUGGGAUCUAUGGAGCCGGUGCAGUUAUGAGUCCGUUAGUCGCCACAUCAAUGAUCACCAAGGGUGGCUUAUCUUGGUAUUACUUUUAUUAUGUCAUGGUGGGGUGUGCCGUCAUCGAGUUGGGACUUUCUAGUGCAUGCUUCUGGAAAUCCAUCGCCGCUGAUUUCCGCGCGUCCAACGCGCUAUCAGCCCACGAUGAUAAGAAAGGUGGGUUGAGAGUUGCGCUGUUCGCGCGCCCGGCCGCCCGUGUGACAUGGCUCUGCGCCUUAUUUUUGCUAGGGUAUGUCGGGGUCGAGGUCGCACUCGGAGGAUGGAUUGUUACUUUUAUGAUCCGAGUCCGGCAUGGUAGCGCUUUUGCGAGCGGUAUGACGGCCACUGGGUUCUGGUUGGGUAUCACGGUGGGACGGGUGAUUCUGGGGUUUGUGACCCCCCGCGUGGGCGAGAAAGUCGCCGUCUCGGUGAGCAUUGUCAUGGUUCGCGAGCGAGUGGAAACUAAUUUCUCCCAGGGCUACAUUGUUGCAUCCAUGGCGUUUGCUUUGGUCCUGUGGUUAGUUCCCCAGUUCUAUGCCUCAGCCGUGGCAGUAUCCCUGCAAGGCUUUUUCCUGGGUCCUCUUUUCCCCGGUGCAGUUGUGAUGGUCACCAAGCUUCUUCCUCGGCACCUUCAUGUCACCUCGAUCGGGUUUGUCGCUGCCUUUGGUGGCAGUGGGGCUGCAAUUCUCCCAUUUGCGGUCGGCGUGCUGGCACAAGCCAAGGGAGUCAAAGUGUUGCAGCCAUUCAUCAUUGCCUUGUCCGGUGCCAUACUCGUCACGUGGCUGGGGUUGCCACGGGUGUCCAAGAUCAGGAAUGAGUAG